GAGUCCUCACUCUCUCAGUGUCUCUCGCUCUCAGUCAGUCUCCACUUUACACCUCAUCUCACAGAUCGAGAUGCCAUCGUAGCCGUCCGUUUUCUCUCGACGAAGAACCGAUCAAGAAGCAAAGCAAAUCGAUCCAAACGCCAACUCCGGGAAUCAGUUUUUUGUUUUUACUGCUUCUUCUUCUUCUUUUUUCUCUGAAAAACAAAAACAAUGGAACAAACUUGUUAGUUCCAAUUCUGCCGCAAAAGGACUCCGAUUCGUGAAACGAUGGCGUUUUGGUGGCCUCUGAUCGUCCUCGCUUUCGCUUACGCCAUUUGUAGGUUCCUCUUGAUGCUCAUCCCUCCCAAUGUGCCUUCCAUUCAAGUCGACGCUUCUGACGUGUUGGACGAUGGGAAUCAGACGCAGGAGAACAGUUUCAUAUAUGUACCUCCGAGGGGAAGGACACAGCAGUCGGAGACAAAGGUUCAGUGCUAUGAACCUGCAACCAUGAAAUACCUGGGAUAUUACCCUGCAUUGACUCCUGUUCAGGUCAAGGAGCGGGUAGCACUAGCAAGGAAGGCACAGAAGACAUGGGCAAAGAGUAGCUUCAAGCAAAGACGCCUGUUUCUUCGGAUUCUUCUCAAGUAUAUAAUAGAACACCAGGACCUUAUAUGUGAAAUAUCUUCACGUGAUACGGGGAAGACAAUGGUAGAUGCGUCUUUAGGGGAGAUAAUGACAACGUGUGAGAAGAUCACUUGGCUUCUUUCAGAGGGUGAGCGGUGGCUAAAGCCUGAAUACCGAUCUUGUGGAAGAUCAAUGAUUCACAAGAGAUCUAAAGUUGAAUUCCACCCUCUUGGAGUUAUUGGUGCCAUUGUGUCAUGGAAUUAUCCUUUUCACAAUAUCUUUAAUCCAAUGCUGGCAGCAGUUUUUUCUGGAAAUGGCAUUGUGAUUAAGGUUUCAGAACAUGCAAGCUGGUCUGGAUGCUUCUACUUCCGCAUAAUCCAAUCUGCCCUUGCUGCUGUAGGAGCUCCUGAAAAUCUAGUUGAUGUCAUAACAGGGUUUUCUGAAACUGGGGAAGCACUUGUGUCUUCUGUUGACAAGUUAAUAUUUGUUGGAUCACCGGGUGUGGGUAAGAUGAUAAUGAGAAAUGCUGCUGAGACGCUUACACCAGUUACACUUGAACUUGGUGGAAAAGAUGCAUUUAUUGUAUGUGAAGAUGCUGAUGUGGAACAUGUCGCCCAAAUUGCUGUGAGAGCCGUUCUUCAGUCAAGUGGACAGAACUGUGCUGGGGCUGAGAGAUUUUAUGUUCACAAGGACAUUUACUCUUCAUUCAUCAAUCAAGUAUCUAAGAUUGUGAAAUCUGUUUCAGCUGGCCCACCGCUUGCUGGAAAGUAUGAUAUGGGUGCUAUAUGUAUGCAAGAGCACUCUGAAAGGCUUCAAAACCUUGUAAAUGAUGCCUUAGACAAAGGCGCAAAACUUGUUGUUCGGGGAAGUUUUGGCCAUAUAGGUGAAGAUGCAGUUGAUCACUUUUUUCCGCCUACUGUGAUUGAAAAUGUAAAUCACACGAUGAAGUUGAUGCAAGAGGAGGCAUUUGGACCAAUCAUGCCCAUAAUGAAGUUUAGCACUGAUGAAGAGGCUGUGAAACUAGCCAAUGACUCAAAAUACGGUCUUGGUUGUGCUGUUUUUUCUGGCAGCCAGCAUCGUGCUAGAGAGAUAACUUCCCAGAUACACUGUGGAGUUGCUGCAAUUAAUGAUUUUGCAUCAUCGUACAUGUGCCAGUCCCUGCCAUUUGGUGGUGUAAAAGACAGUGGAUUUGGAAGAUUUGCUGGUGUUGAAGGAUUGCGAGCAUGUUGUCUUGUAAAAUCAGUUGUUGAGGAUAGAUGGUGGCCCUACAUCAAAACCAAGAUACCAAAGCCUAUUCAGUAUCCUGUUGGAGAGAAUGGUUUUGAGUUCCAGGAGUCACUUGUUGAAGCACUCUACGGCCUGAACAUAUGGGACCGACUGCGAGCAUUGGUUACUGUUCUGAAGAUCCUUACUGAUCAAAACUCUCAUGCUAGCAGCAACAGUAAGAGAAGAGAUGACUGAGCCGCACGUGAGGGUUGGAGCAUUUACAUGGGUUAACAUAAUGCUUGAGAUAAUUUGGAUUUUGACUCCCUAUAGUAUCUCAAAAGUCCGGGCUAUUUUUGAGAAUUGCUUCCUGUUCUUUUUUUCUCUGUCUGCUCUUUUGUUCGAGUUGCAUAAUCAGGGUACAUUCCCCACAAAUAUCUUGUCGUUUGAAGGAAAUUAUGAAUGGAAAUAUAGGAAACAGGAUUUUUCA